GGUAUACUGGUCUGUUAAGGAAAAAGAGAAAGAAACAGAAUUAUACACAAAUAGUAGACGACAACAAAACAGAAACCCGAUAUUAAUGUUACGAUGCUUCAGAUUAUAAUGUUUGACGAGACGGCGCCGCUACAUUGUGGAUGGGAAUUGUGAGUGUUUCUGAUGGAUUAAAAACGGGGAAUAAACCUAUUUCGGGAUUGACAGUAGCAACAAGGAUAUUUAAUCGCUAAUUAAGAGGCAUGGCUCAGAUGAGGAAGUUGCCAUGUGAAGUCAUCAGGACCAACUCUCGGGCUGAGCAUUCAGUUCCCCUGGUGUCAGCCAGACAGGAGAUCCUCACCAGCCUGGUGUCAGCCCUAGACUCGGUGUGCAUGGCCAUGUCAAAACUCAAUGCUGAGGUGGCAUGUGUCACUGUGCAUGAGGACAGUGUAAUUGCUGUGGGCACAGAAAAGGGACGAGUGUUUCUUAAUUCAAGGAGGGAAAUUCAAACGGACUUCUACAAGUUUUGCCGUGUGCCCUGUUUGCAAACGGUGACUGCAGCAAAUACCCAUACCAAAGUCCAGGAAGGUGAGCUUAGCAAGCUGAAGGAGGGUGAUCACGGGAAACAGAGGGCUCCAUCAGAUGUCCAGUCUAACAUCUUUGUCCUGAGGAAGAUGGUAGAGGAAGUAUUCACAGUGCUUUACAGUGAGGCUUUGGGAAAAAGCAGCCUGGUCCCUGUGCCUUAUGAGUGGAUCCAGAAGGACCCCAGCUGUGUAGUCGCCCACGGCUUGCCGGAGGGAGUCCCUUUGAAGAAGCCCUCAGAGUACGAUACCAAGACACUGAUGAAGAUUCUCGAACAGAGCCACCGCAUUCAGUUCACAGUAAAAAGACCAACAGAAGAUCUGUCAAGAGAGAUCAAGUCCAGCACAGAAGUCAACCACAACUCUUCCUCCUCAGCAGUCAUGACACCAAGCAGCCAUGACCCUAGCAAAAACUCUGCCCAGGUAGCUGCAUCUUCAAGUCCUGGCUCUUCCAAUAACUCUGUGCUAUCUAGCUUCCUAUACGGCAUGCCCAUGUCCUCCAAGCCCCAUCCAGAUGGCAAGCUUGACCUUAAGCCUGUGUCCCUCCUUAACAUGGGCAAGGACAGAGUAGGCACCUGGGCAGCAGGGACAGACAAGGGUAUAUCUACCAAGGACAGUUCCAUCAAUGAUGAUACUGCAGGGCUGCAUGGAGAGCUGGGCCAGAGACCCCCUGGUGUUCACAUCUCCAAGAGGCUACUGUUUUCCAUAGUGCAUGAGAAAUCAGAAAAAUGGGAUGCUUUCAUUCGGGAAACGGAGGACAUUAACACGUUGAGAGAAUGUGUCCAGAUCUUGUUCAAUAGCAGAUAUGCUGAGGCCCUGGGUCUGGACCACAUGGUGCCUGUGCCCUACCGUAAGAUUGCGUGUGACCCGGGGGCAGUGGAGAUCAUCGGCAUCCCUGAUCAAAUUCCCUUCAAGAGGCCCUGCACCUAUGGAGUGCCCAAGCUCAAACGCAUCUUGGAUGAGCGCCACGGAAUUCGCUUUAUAGUCAAACGAAUGUUCGAUGAGAGGAUUUUCACUGCUGCUGGUAAGAUUGCCAAGGAGGAGGGCAAGCAUGACAUGAGCGCCACUCCUGAAGAUUGUUUCCCUGACAAUCUCAGUAUCCCGCCAUCUACAGUGGAGCUGAUCAGCAAUCCUCACAGCAGCCGAUCAACAAGUGCAUGUGUGAGUCCCUUAGCUGAUUUUGAAGCAGGGCCUUCAGGAGAUUGCAUUCCUCUGAAAAGGAUCAAAACAGAGCCUCCAGAUGGGGAAAUCAUCCAAGUGACAGUGCCAGAUGCUGGUAUGAUUGGGGAGGAUCACAGUGACUCUAAGGCCGAGCCGGUAGCCACUGCAAUGUGUUCAGCCACAGCCUCGCCCUCUGCUCCCCAUCAUCCCAUGGAGAACCACGCAGCUGAAGCUCUGUCACCCAAAACAGCCACCCAGGGCAUUAGAAGAUCCUCUGAAGGGAAUCCUGUUGAGGAUAUUGGUGAAAUGAUUCUCCAGCUGCGGCGGCAAGUGGAAAGCUUGUUCAGCAUUAAAUAUGCUGAAGCUCUAGGCCUACCUGAGCCAGCCAAGGUACCCUACUCCAAGUUCCAGAUGUACCCAGACGACCUGUAUGUCACCGGGUUGCCGGAGGGAAUCUCCCUCCGAAGACCAAACUGUUUUGGAGCUACAAAAUUGCGCAAAAUCCUGGCUGUUAGCAGCCAGAUCCAGUUUUUCAUCAAAAGACCUGAGCUGUUAACUGAGCAAGUAAAGCAAGAGAUGCCUUCCAUCCCUGCCUGUGAAUCAGAGCUGGAAUCCACAGAUAAAAUGACAGUGGCCGAGGAUACCUCAGCUGUAUCCAAGAGACCUGGCUUCUCAGACUGCCUGGAGGCCAAACUGUCCAGAGUGGACCUGGCUAACACGCUGCGAGAGCAGGUCCAGGACCUCUUCAAUAGGAAGUACGGUGAGGCAUUGGGCAUCAAAUAUCCCGUCCAAGUGCCUUACAAAAGAAUCAAGAGCAACCCGGGCUCAGUAAUCAUCGAGGGCCUUCCACCUGGCAUCCCCUUCAGGAAGCCCUGCACCUUCGGCUCCCAGAACCUGGAGCGGAUCCUAGCGGUGGCUGACAAGAUCUGCUUCACCAUCACAAGACCUUUCCAAGGACUUAUUCCAAAACCAGCACCAAGACGUAUCACUUUGCUAAAGAAGGCCUACGCUUCAAUAAACGAUGAUGAUGAUAUCAGCCGUAUGGGGGAAAAAGUGGUCCUUCGUGAGCAAGUGAAGGAGCUGUUUAACAAAAAAUAUGGUGAAGCCCUGGGCUUAGACCGGUCUGUGGUGGUCCCAUACAAACUAAUACGUGGCAGUCCGGAGUCCGUAGAAGUAAGUGGCCUUCCAGAUGAUGUUCCCUUCCGAAACCCCAACACCUACGACCUUGUCUGCCUAGAGAAGAUUCUCCAAGCCAGGGGUGAAAUCACAAUCAACAUCAAAAGCCAGUUACAGCCUUUUGCAGAAAUAUGCACCCAGGCUUGUAACACAGAGGGGAAAGAGGCCUCCACCAGUCGACGCAAGCGCAAGGGAGUCCAGGAGAGUGAUCGGGGGCCCGUGUCCCCUGACUUGGGGGUAUCAACCAAUCAGAUUCCAGUGAUGCAAUGGCCCAUGUACAUGGUGGACUAUAGCGGUGUUAACGUGCAAGUCCCGGGGAAAGUGAAAUACUGAAAGGCAAGAUCUCUCACUACAAAGGGAUUGAAAUUAGGAGUUUGUCCAAUUGAUUUUUAUUAUUGCUCCAUAUCAGACUUAACACUUUGCCUGAGUGCUAUGUAUCGUUAGAAAACUCCGCAGACUGAACUUGUAGAGGCCUGUAAGUUUGGUUUUGUGAAUGACGGUCCAGGUGGUGAGGAAUGGCAGAAUGUAUGUGCAUUGGAAUGUUACAGGGCAGGCACUUGGAUCGUUUUCUGUCCUCCAACUCGCCUGCACAGUGCUGGCAAGACAGCUAUCAAAUGUUUUUCUAUGAAAAGCUGGAAAGUUAUUACGAUAUCAGUUUUCGAAAUUUCCUAAAUAAUGUAUUUGCCCUCGCAGUUUUUCAUAAGUGUCCAUCCAUCAAGGUCAUGUUGGAUUCAACAUGGAAACAUUUGGUCACAAUAUGUUACUGACUACAGGCUUUGAUAACCUCGUUCCACAAUAUUCAGAUCUUUGUACUUUUUAUUUAUUAUAUUUAUUGAAAUAUCACAUUAUGUGCAGGGAUGUAAAAUACAUUAUUCUGUGAUAGAGGUCCUCAAGGAACCAUGAAAACACUAACAAAGAUGCUACUAGUAUAUGUAACUCAGUCAGUACAAGUAACCGCCAAAAUAGUCAACACCAACAUCAAGUGUCUUAAUUGGUUGUUGGGCCGACACAAGCCAUCAGGAAGUCAAGGAGACAAAAUGGACUUGAAAGUUUGCCUUUCAGCAGUAUAAAUUCCACUAUCCCAAUGGUAGGAAUUACCUGCAGUAAUAACAGCACUAGAGUUGAGACAUUUGGUUAUACUCUUUGCUCUUUUUAUGUUAGUAGCACAUUAACAAUAUGUAAGAUAUCUCAUAUAAGUCAAACUGAAUGUAACAUGUAAAAGAAAGAAUGGUAUGUGUAUUUCUGCAAUGACUGUCUCUGGACUAAUGAUAUUUAAUAUGCUGUACCUUAACGCCAAUUAGGCCUUUGAAAUAAAAUGUGUUG